AUGGUCGAUCCCCCGCAAAGCAAGCUGCUGGAAAUUGGCCCUAAUGUUAAUGAGCGACAGGAUGUUGGGCAUGGGUCCACAUGCUGUACCUCAUCUGCCUGCACCCGAUUGGCGUCACUCUCGCCCACGCGAAAAGCCAAGAUGGUGCUGGUGCGGAGACAAAUAGCCUUUUCUGUGCCACCAUGCUGCAUUGCACCCUGCAGCUCUGCUGUUUUGUUGGGUUGCGAACCGAGCUGGAUAUCGCUCACAAUCUUCUUGAGAAAGGGGGAGGAGUGGAUUCGUCAUGGUGAGGAGCUUCGACAAGGGAGACAUCGCACCCCAGCUCCUGCAUCUGUCCCGACAACACUGGACGGCAGCAGGCGAGCAGUCACACGCGAGCUCCAAGCCUUCUACAGCUCUGUGCGGCCCUGCAUCCCGGGUGAUAUGCCUUCGCGGCCUACUGGGUAUCUCUUGGAAACGAUUGGCUCAAGAAGAGUUACCAACGGUGUCACACAUCUCACUAAGCCUAUGGGCCAGGAUGUCAAGCAGCCCUUUGACUUGGUCGAGUCUGGAUGGCCUGCAGUACCAGCACCCGCUUAUGUCCGUUCCGAAGAUGUCUGGAGCGACUCUUGGAGACACAGAUAA